UUAAAUUAAUUAAGCAUCAAAAGAUGAAGAUUGAAAAGUGAAAACCCAACCAAAAAAAAAAAAAAAAUCUAAUUUGUGUGUCAGCCAAAGCCAAUUCGCAGCGAUGAAGCACCUUCCAAUGGCUAUGGCGAUGAGAAAGAAAGCUCGGUCUUGCGUCGACCAGGCCCUGUUAGGGGUUUGGCAGAGGGAGCUCGGCGAGCUCUCUACCCGGUCUUUCGCCCACCGUCUUGGCGCCUCCAAGGAUCUUGUUCUUAGACUUGAUGUGUAUAAGAAGCUUGAAAAGCAUGGAGGAUGUGUGAACACAGUAAGCUUUAAUGAAGCUGGUGACAUCUUAGUGUCAGGCUCUGAUGAUAGGCAGGUCAUUCUAUGGAAUUGGGAAAUUGGGGAAAUAAAGCAUUCCUUUCAAUCAGGCCACACCAACAAUGUUUUCCAAGCAAACUUUAUGCCUUAUGCAUGUGGUCGAAGCAUUGUCACCUGUGCUGCUGAUGGGGAGGUGAGACAUGUUCAGAUUUCAGAAAGUGGGCAAGUGGAUACUUCUUUGCUUGCCAAACAUCAGGGGCGAGCUCAUAAGUUAGCUAUCGAUUCUGGGAGUCCUAAUAUAUUUUAUUCCUGUGGUGAAGAUGGACUAGUGCAACAUUUUGAUCUAAGAACUAGAGAAGCCACUGAACUUUUCACAUGCCGGCCAAUUGAUAGUAGGAAGUACAUGCAAGUAAUAUAUUUGAAUGCAAUUGCAACUGAUCCAAGAAAUCCAAAUCUCUUUGCAGUUGGAGGUUCCGAUGAGUUUACUCGACUUUAUGAUAUUCGAAACUAUAAGUGGGAUGGAUCAUCUGACUUUGGUCAACCUGCAAACUACUUUUGUCCUCCAGAAUUGAUUGAUAAUGAGAAUGUUGGAAUUACAGGCUUGGCCUUCUCUGAACAAAGCGAGCUACUUGUCUCGUAUAGUGAUGAGAACAUCUAUCUUUUUACACGAGAAAUGGGUUUGGGAAAUAACCCAAUUCCUUCGUCUCCAUUGUCAUCUCCUUCGGCUGCGGACAUUGAUGAGAAGGUAUCGCCCCAGGCUUACAAAGGGCAUAGGAAUUGUGAGACAGUGAAGGGUGUGAAUUUCUUUGGGCCUAAUUGUGAUUAUGUGGUGAGCGGGUCUGACUGUGGAAGAAUAUUCAUGUGGAGCAAAAAGGGUGGGGAGCUUAUUCGUGUUAUGGAAGCAGAUCAGUAUAUCGUAAAUUGUAUCGAAUCUCAUCCUCAUACAAUGACCCUUGCAAGCAGUGGAAUUGAGCACGACAUAAAGAUGUGGACGCCAAAGGCUUUAGAGAGAGCUGAAUUGCCUACAAAGGUUGAUGAGGUUAUGCCUAAUCGCGUGCAUUGGUCCUUGAGCAAUGACGAUGAUGAUAGUAGUGAUUAUUACUAUGAUGAAUACGAGGACGAUCAUGAUGAGGAUGAUGAUGAUGAUGAUGAGGAGGAGGAGGAGGAGGAGGAUAGCGAUGAAGAUGAGGACGAUAAGGAUGAGGACGACAAUGAUAGUGAUAGCGACAAUGGUGGUUUCAAAGAGAAUGACGAUGAAAUCAAAAUAUGAUGAUAUGAUAAUAACAAAAUCAUCAUUGUGAUAUUAUAUUUCGAACAGAGUCUGACGAUGCUAAUAACGAUUACUAACUGCACUUGUGUUUCCAGCAGGGACCCAUGAGUAAGAGUUUUCCGUUCUUUAUCUCUGCACACCAUAGUCUGCGGUUGCGACUUGGUUUACUACAAAGGCGAAUCGUAGGAUACCAAAGGUAAAAAUCUUGUGAAGAGCACUUACAACAUUGUUGAUUCUAGCUGAAAAUCAUCGUGUCACCAGUUCGAAUCUAGUUCGUGGCACAUGAAGAAAUGAAGAAAUUUGUAUGAUUAUCUAUUCUAUAAAUUAUUUAUUAAUACACAACCACAUCUAAUCAUAUAACAUACGUUUGUUUGGUAUGUUGGAAGACUCACCCAACAUAACAUUAGGCCUUGUUAGGUUUUUUUUUUUUUUUUGAUUGUAUAGAAUUUUAGCAUAUCUUUGAAGUUUGGAUUUUUGAUAAAGAAAGAAUUUUAAUGAAUUUUAGUUCAUGAGAA